UUACCUUUAACCAGUUUGUCCAAGACUAAGAGCCAUAUAUUUCUGGGGACAAGUGUAGGAAGGAGCUGGGAGGAACCGAGCGGAGGAAAAUUUUCCCCCAGUUCCUUUAUUCUUUUUGUGUGUGUGGGCGGCUUUUCUGGUGGGAUUUUUCUUCCCCCAAGGGAGUGAUUAAAUAUCUUUUUAAAAAAUUGUUGAUACUAUAUAACUGGUUGACUAAACCAGACAGGGAAACAUCGUCUACUACACAGGGGGGCGACAAGGGAAAAAUUGCCUCUCCUGGCGUUUAUAGUGUAAUUUUGGUAAAUUCUCUAUUUAUAAAAGGAAAAUAUUUAUUUUAUUAAAGAACGGGAAGAUGUCACUUGCACAAGAUUAUAGAAAAGCAAUGUCUCAAGCUGGCACGUCCCAGUUUCAAGAAGUCAUCCGACAAGAACUGGAAUAUUCAAUGAAAGUUGAACUUGACAAAAUACUUGCAACUGCACCUCAGAAUGAGCUUGAGCACACUAAAAAAGACCUUGAAGGGUUUAAGAAGCUAUUCCACAGAUUUUUGCAAGAAAAGGGACCUUCCGUGGACUGGGGGAAGAUUCAGAGACCUCCAGAAGAUUCUAUUCAGCCCUAUGAGAAGAUAAGGGCCAGGGGAUUGCCUGUUAACAUCACCUCAGUCUUGAACAAACUGGUUGUAGUGAAACUAAAUGGUGGCUUGGGCACUAGCAUGGGCUGUAAAGGCCCCAAAAGUCUUAUUGGCGUGCGGAAUGAAAACACCUUCUUGGACCUGACAGUUCAGCAGAUUGAGCAUCUAAACAAAACCUACAACACAGAUGUUCCUCUUGUUCUAAUGAACUCCUUUAACACUGAUGAAGACACGAAGAAAAUCUUGCAGAAGUACAGCCACAGUCGUGUGAAAAUAUAUACUUUUAAUCAAAGCAGGUAUCCUAGAAUUAAUAAAGAGUCUCUACUGCCAAUAGCCAAGGACGUAUCUUAUUCAGGGGAGAAUACUGAGGCGUGGUAUCCCCCAGGUCACGGCGAUAUCUACUCCAGUUUCUAUAACUCUGGUCUGCUUGACACACUUCUAGGAGAGGGGAAAGAGUACAUUUUUGUGUCCAAUAUAGAUAACUUGGGAGCAACUGUGGAUCUUUACAUUCUUAACCACCUUAUGAAUCCACCAAAUGGAAAAUGCUGUGAAUUUGUCAUGGAGGUCACAAAUAAAACCAGGGCAGAUGUUAAGGGUGGUACACUCACGCAAUAUGAUAACAAACUGAGACUGGUAGAAAUAGCUCAGGUUCCAAAAGCACAUGUUGAUGAAUUCAAGUCUGUGUCAAAAUUCAAAAUAUUCAAUACAAACAACUUGUGGAUUUCUUUGCCUGCAAUUAAACGACUGCAAGAGCAAAAUGCUAUUGAUAUGGAGAUCAUCGUUAAUCCAAAGACUUUGGAUGGAGGUUUAAAUGUUAUUCAGCUGGAGACUGCCGUUGGUGCUGCUGUUAAAAGUUUUGAGAAUUCUUUGGGGAUAAAUGUACCUCGUAGUCGUUUUCUGCCUGUCAAGACCACAUCAGAUCUCUUGCUUGUGAUGUCCAACCUGUAUAGCCUUAAUGCUGGAUCCUUAACUAUGAGCGAGAAACGUGAAUUUCCAACUGUACCUCUGGUCAAACUAGGAAGCUCUUUCACCAAGGUUCAAGAUUACCUGACUAGGUUUGAAAGUAUACCAGAUAUGCUUGAACUGGAUCAUCUCACGGUUUCGGGUGAUGUUACAUUUGGCAAGAAUGUUGCAUUAAAGGGAACAGUUAUCAUCAUUGCAAAUCACGGUGACCGGAUUGACAUCCCACCUGGAGCAGUAUUAGAGAACAAAAUUGUAUCUGGCAAUCUUAGGAUCCUGGACCACUGAGUUAAUGUUCAGUUUGUAGAUCCUGUUAAAACAACCAUAUGGUGGAAGAACUUGUAGGCAUUAAAAUAAGUGGCACACAAGGCCUAUGCUUUGUCACCUACUCACUGUACCCUGCAGUAUUAAUUUUUAAAUAGCUUUCUGUGCUUCUCUUUUAAACUGAACACAGUGCAAAGGAUGUGCAGCAGUUCUGUAGUUCAGUUAUUAUAACCUUUAAAGUGCAAUACUGUUGGUCUUGAGACAAGAUGGACAGAACUUCUCUAUAAGAAGUUGAGGUUUGCCUCUGAUAGUCAAUACUUUAUUUUUGCAGUUACAAAUAAUUCAAAAGCUGUGAAGCAACAGAUGGCUAGCUCCUUCAUGUAAUCUUUUUAUGAAGUGUAAAUGGCAGGUAUGAUGAUUAAAUGUUUCACUACUGCUACUAAGUGAAACAGAAUAUUAGAAAUUCUGUUUGUGUUCACAAAUCAUACUUAACCUAGUCACUUCACACCACUUAAGUUAAUAGUUAAGCUAUACUGUCAUAUCACAAAUGUAUUCCUAACAAACACUGAAAAGUAGGGUUGUCAUUAUUCCAGCUUGAGCACAAGAUCAUAAACUGUUUUAAAUUUAUCCAAAGAAUCUAAUAUUUUUUUAAAAUGCAUCUUGGUGUUUGUUUUCUGUUGCAUCCUUAAUCUGCCCUUAUUUGCAGUAAAAUGGAAAAAUCACAUGUUGACUGUACUUGUAUUAAUAUUGUUCAAUCAUGGUGUCCUGAUGUUCAUUCUUUCAAUUCUGUAGUAUUUACCUGUAAAACUUAUUUUAUAUGUUUUAGUAUAAGACUGAUAUGUAUCAUUAAAAAAGUUGGUCUUUAAAAACAA